AUGACCUGCUCAGCUGCCCCGAUGCUCCUGCUGGCCACCACUCUGCCCCUGGUGGGGUCACCAGGGGCCCCAGUGUCCCAACCUGCACCCAGUGGGACAGGAGGGGAAUUUGGGCAGCAACUGGACCUCACGAGUGGAGCAGGUGAAUCGGUCCUGGCCUCGGUCUAUGUGCAGCUGGACUUCUCCAGCGAGACCUGGCGGGACACGCUCUCCAGGCCCCUGAGUCUGUCCCCCGCCCCGGCUUCCUCUUCUCCAAGAACUCUCACUGGCCUCAGCCUCACGACAGAGUGUGCUACCAGGCCUGACGGGCUGACCCACUGUGCUUGCCUGACCGGAUACCAGUGGAACGCCAGCGCCUGCUCCCGACACGAUCCUUGCCACCCCCCCUACAACCACCAGCCCUGUGGCUGUCUCGUCCUCAGCCCUCUGGAAGCUGGGUACUGCCAGUUGCUGCCACCUGCGAUCCCCUGUCCCCGCCUCCUUUCAGUCCCAGGCACCCUGAGCCUGAACUCCUGGCUGCAGAUGCCCGGCGACACGCUGAACUUGACCCUCCUCACGAGCCACGAGACCGCCAACCUGAACUGGUUCCUGCAGCACCGCACAGGGAGCCCCAUCCUCCUGCAGCCAGGGACACAGGUGUCCCUGGCAUCUGGCCCAGGCCAGACUGUCCUCAGCAUCGUCAACAUCUCCCAUCAGUGGGAAGGCGAGUACACGUGCCACUUCGAGGCCCAGGGAUUCAGAUGGGAGCUGUCCCAGGUGGUGAGGGUGCCCCUGCGGGCAGCAGAUGUAACGCGUCUUCCAGACCAGCUCUCCGUCUCCUGCGCCGCCUCCCCUGGCUUCCAGCUGAGCUGCUGCGCCCCUUCCACGCUGCUGGGCUACGUGGCUUCCUGGAGCCCCGCAGAGGGCAGCGAAGCCUCCUUAUUCAACCAGCCAAGUGACCAGUGCCUUGUGCUGGCCGUUCAGCACUGCCCUGCAGCGGACACCACGUACACUUGUGACCUGCAGAGCCCAGGACUGACCCCUCUCCGAGUCCCCAUCUCGGUCACCGUCAUUCAGGAUGGAGACAUUGCCUGUCCUGAGGACGCCGCAGCUGGUGCCUGGAACGUCACCAAGGCUGGCUACGUGGCACAGGCCCCCUGUCCCAUGAACAGGACGGGCGUGGUGAAGAGGACGUGUGGGCCCGACGGGGUCUGGGGGCCCGUCCAGGACAGCUGCACAGACACGGGGCUCCUGACCUUGCUUCAGAGAGCCCAGCUGCUGUGGGCAGGCCAGGGCCGCCCUGCUGCAGAGGUGCCGCGGAGCCUGGCAGAGCUGCUGGAGUGGACAGGGGUGGUGAGCUCACCCUCUGACUUGUUGGCACUGCUGGGCACCGUGACACACCUGGCCAAGGCAGUGGCAGACACCGGAACACAGCUUAACCGCAGUGCCCUGGAGGCUCUCCUGAAAACCACCGACAAGGUCCUAGACAUGGACACCAGUCCUCUGUGGACCGAGGCCCAGGUGCAGACACCCUCGGCGAGCUCAGACCUCCUGCUGGCUGUGGAGACCCUGGCACGCAGCCUGCGCCCACAGGACCACCCCUUCGCCUUCAGCUUGCCCAACGUGCAGAUGCAGACCCAGCUCCUCAGCGCCACACUCCCUGCUGACUACAGAGUCUCCUUCUCCACUCAGCCGCCCCUGCAGGCGCUGAUUCCCAGACACUCGCUGGCCCCACUGGUUACUGGUAACGACAACAUCACCAUGACUGGCCUGGUGCUGCGCAAGCUGGACCGCCUUCUACCCUCGAACUAUGGACAAGGGCUGGGGGACUCCCUCUACGCCACUCCUGGCCUGGUCCUCGCCAUCUCCAUCAUGGCAGGCGGCCAGGCCUUCAACCAGGGAGAAGUCAUCAUGGACUUCGGGGACAGAGAGGGCACCCUUCACUGUGUCUUCUGGGACCACCAUCUCUUCCGGGGCAACGGGGGCUGGUCAGAGGAAGGGUGCCAGGUGCAGGCAGCCAACGCCAGCUCCGCCGUGCAGUGCAUCUGCCGGCACCUCACUGCCUUCUCCAUCCUCAUGUCCCGACACCCUGUUCCAGAAAGCCGCACCCUGGAACUGCUGAGUCACGUGGGCUUGGGGGCCUCCAUCCUGGCACUGCUUGUGUGCCUGGGCGUGUACAGGCUGGUGUGGAGAGUCGUGGUGCGGAACACGGUUGCCUACUUACGCCACGCAGCCCUACUCAACAUGGUGCUCUGUCUGCUGGCCGCGGACACCUGCUUCCUGGGAGCCGCGCUGCUUCCUCCAGGGCCCGAAAGUCCACUCUGCCUGGCUGCUGCCUUCCUCUGCCACUUCCUCUACCUGGCUACCUUUUUCUGGAUGCUGGCUCAGGCCCUGAUGUUGGCCCACCAGCUGCUCUUUGUCUUCCAUCAGCUGUCCAAGCGCCGAGUACUCUCCCUCAUGGUGGUUCUCGGCUACCUGUGCCCGAUGGGGUUUGCAGGUGCCGCCCUGGGCCUCUACCUGCCUCGAGGGCAGUACCUGGGAGAGAGGGCAUGCUGGCUGGAUGAGAAGGGAGGGGUGAGCUACACCUUUGCAGGGCCGGUGCUGGUCAUCGUGGGCCUGAAUGGGCUGGUCCUAGCCGUGACCAUGCUGAAGUUGCUGAGACCUUCGCUGUCAGAGGGACCCCAGGGGGAGAAGCGCCAGGACCUUCUUGGGGUGACCAAAGCCCUGCUCGUCCUCACACCCAUCUUCGGGCUCACCUGGGUGCUGGGCCUGGCCACGCUGCUGGAGGACGACUCCACGGUCCCUCACUACGUCUUCACGAUUCUCAACGCCUCCCAGGGCGUCUUCAUCUUAUGGUUCGGCUGCCUUAUGGACAAGAAAGUUCAACAGGCUCUACGCAGACGCUUCUGUCGCGCGCAGCCCCCCAACUCCACCAUCUCCCUGGCCACCAAUGAGACCCACAUCCUGGAACACAGCAAAGGAAGGAGUGACAAUGCUAGGUGA